CAUGAGAAUUCAUUGGAGAUUUUACUGGUCUGUAUUCUCUUUCUUCGAUUGUGAAGUCGCUAAAACUACAGACAGCAGGCCCUUUGAUUCCUUAAAGGAAGAAAACGUUACUGCAUGCACCAGUGGAAGAAGUCAAAUAAUAGUUGGAGGUGAUCGAGGGAGUAUACACUUCAUUACAAGAUCAUUGGAAAUUUCAUCAGUAAAGGCCUACAAUCGUACUGUUUCUCACUUAUUCCAUUUGAAGAAAUAUAGCAUCCUUGUUUCUAUCGGGGAAGAUGAAGAGGAAGAUAGAGUGCCGAUUGUUAAAGUAUGGGAUUUAGAUAAGCUCGAUAAAGACCGUAAUAGGUUCGUUUGCAGAAGCUUUCCCUUACUAUUAGAUCAACAAGUCAAGAAGGUGACAUGUUUGGCUGUUCAUGACAGUCUAUCUUAUAUGGCUUUUGGUUUUGAAACUGGACAAAUUCUAUUAUACAGGGGAGAUGUAACUAGAGAACGACAUUCCAAACAACGUACGAUUUACGAAGAUGUUCAUGCUAUCACUGGUUUAGAGUUUUGUAAUACUCAAAACGAUGCAGUACUGUUUGUUACAACCGAAUAUCACGUGAUAUCUAUUGCAAUUGGAAUAAAAGAAAAAUGUGAUGUGCCAGUUAUUCUUGAUCAACAAGGAUGUGCUCCAAAAUGUAUGACUCUACAUUACACCGAAGGCAAUGCACCCAGAUUAGUCGUAGCUAGACCUGAGGCACUUUACUUCUACGAAACGAAAGAAAGAGGACCAUGUAUUGCCGUACAGGCUAACAAACAACUGAUUUAUUCAUUUAGAAAUUAUAUAGUUAUAGUUUCUGAGGCAGCGUCGUCCAAGGGCAGUGACAUGAGUACAAUAUCGAUUUACGAUAUAGAGAAUAAGUUAAUAGCGUUUACGUUCCCUCUACCAAAAGUUUCUGGUUUAGUGGCCGAAUGGGGUUCCCUAUACGCAUUUUGCGGUAUAGAUAACAAGAUAAACCAAAUUGAGGAGAAAGACACUCAAACAAAGCUAGAUAUACUAUUUAGAAAAACUCGUUACGAGCUGGCCAUACAGAUAGCAGAGAAUCAAAAUUAUGAUCACGAUGGAAUAGUUGAUAUAUAUAGGCAAUAUGGAGAUAACUUAUAUCGACAAGGAGACUAUGACAAUGCAAUGAAUCAAUACUUGAAAACUAUUGGUAGAUUGGAAGCUUCGUACGUAAUUCGAAAGUUCCUAGAUUCAUCAAGAAUACAUAAUCUCACUGCCUAUAUUGAGGAACUACACGCUAGAAAAUUAGCUAAUAAUGAUCAUACAACGCUAUUACUUAACUGUUAUACUCGUUUACCAGACCAUUCCGGUUUAGAUAAAUUCAUAGAAGAACACGAUGAUAAUUUUGAUGUGGAAACAGCUAUAAAAGUCUGUAGACAAGCUGGUUACUUUAAACACGCUUUAAAAAUUGCUCUUCGCCAUAAACGCCAUAACCUCUAUUUAAAAACUUUGUUAGAAGAUGUAAAAGAUUAUAAAAGUGCUUUAGAUUAUUUGGGAAGGCUGCAAUUUGACGACGCUUUAACAACAAUGAAAGAUUAUGGCAAAAUCCUCUUAAAAAAUGUUCCAGAGCAAACCACUACGCUUUUAAAAAGGCUAUGUACUGACUAUAAGCCAAUUGAUGAACCGCUGAUAAAAGAUGAGAGAGGUCUAGAAGUUACUGGUAUAGUAAAGGCCCUACCAGAUGAAUUUAUUCACAUAUUUGUGGACGAUGCCGGCCGCUUAAUUGAUUUCUUACAGCAUAUGAUAAAUGUGCAAGCGUGUUCUUCAUUAGUUUAUGGGACACUGUUAGAAUUGAGAUUGCAAGAAUACGUUCAUGAAAAUGAUCUAGGGGCGAAAAUUGAUAAGGAACGGAAGAUAUUGGAGCUAUUGCAUUGUGAAAAUUCGAAAUAUGAUAUACAUCAUGCUUUGGUUCUUUGCCAAAUGAACAAUUUUAAGGCCGGAAUACUCUUUCUUUACGAAAAGGCUGGAUUCUAUCAACAGGUGGUCAGACAUCAUAUGGAAAAUAAAGAAUAUUCUCAGAUUAUUGAUACUUGUAAAAAAUUUGGAAAGGAAGAUCCAGGUGUUUGGGUCCAGGCACUAGCUUUCUUAGCAAAAGGAGAAGAGGAUAGCUGUCGCAUGCAUAUGAAAGAAGUCUUAGCUCACAUCGAUAUUCAUAAUCUAUUGCCCCCAUUAUUGGUUAUCCAGACUUUAGCUCAUAAUUCUAAUGCUACACUGUCGGUCGUAAAAGAUUAUAUUGUGAAAAGAUUGCAAAAAGAAAAAGAGGAGAUUAACGAGGAUGAGAGACUAAUUAAACAAUACGGAGAAGAAACGGCAAAAAUGAGAGGCGAUAUUGAAAGUUUAUCAACUUCGGCUAGAAUAUUUCAAUCUGAGAAAUGUAGUGCAUGUAGUCAUCCAUUAGAUUUGCCAACCGUCCACUUCUUAUGCCAGCAUUCUUUUCAUGAGCACUGCUUUGAAAGUUACGCGGGUUCGAAUGAGGGAAACGAAUGUCCAGUUUGCUUAGCAGAUAAUCAAAAAUUUCUUCAAAUGUUGGCUGCUCAAGAAAGAGAUGGAAAAGACUUGUAUAAUAAAUUUAAGCAAGAGCUCGAAAGAGCUAAAGACGGUUUUACAGUCGUUGCAGAUUACUUUGGUAAAGGAGUAUUUAGUCAGAAUCCUAAUCCAAGUUGA